AUGGGAAGAAUUCGUAGAUCAAGAACUCAUAAAAAUAUACGAGAUCAUUAUAGAAAAUACAGAACAAGAAAUUAUACAAAAGAUUUAGAUCAAAUUCAUGAAGAUUUAAAAAAGCUAACCGAUGAAAAAAUGAUGAGAAUUGAAGAAAAAAUAGAGAGUGGAAGUGGUGGAAGUGGAAAAGGAGAAAUAAUAAAUCAGGAAAAUAAUUUUUUAUUAAGUAUUAAAAUAAACGAAAUAAAUAAUAACAGCAAUAAUAGUGUGGAUGAUACAAAUAUUGAGGAUUUAGAAUUACCAGGAUCAGGAAAAUUUUAUUGUAUUCAUUGCGCUAUAAAGCUUCUUAAAGAAACACCUUAUUCUCAAAAAGAAGCUGAGGCUGCUGUGGGAUAUUCCACUGAAAACUCUAGAAAUAAAUCUUUAUUGAAUGAUAUUAUCAUCACUUAA